GCGGCGCGCGGAGGGGUCCGGGCCAUGGCGACGCUGGCUGCCCCUCCGCCGCGGGGGACCGGGGAGGCCCGGAUGGCCCUGCUCGCCGUCCCCGCGCUGCUGCUGCUGCUGCUGCCGGGCGUGGCGGGUGCAACAUGUUGUUACCUUGCCAAGGGUAACUUAAUGUGUCGUGAUGUUUGUGAACAGAUUUUGGCAUCUAAGAGUGAUUCACACUUGAAACAUCUUUUGCAACGUGCACCUGAAUAUUGUCCAGAAUCAAUGGGCGAGGUUUGGGGCUGUAUAAAUUCUUCACUGCCAGAUAUUGGCUCCUUCUUCAUCACAGAUCUCUCAUGUCUCAUAUGGUUUGGCCCUGCUUUUUGUUUGAGACAUACAGAGAUGGAUGCCUCUGUCCUCCCUCCCACAGGCUGCAGUAGCCUGUUUGCCUGCCUUUCAGAAGGUGUUUUGAAGAAAUCUGAUGGCUGGGUUGGCUUAGGUUGCUGUGAGUUAGCUAUUGUUGUAGAAUGUCGACAAGCUUGUAAACAGGCAUCUUCAAAAAAUGAUAUUGUGAAAAUUUGCAGGAAAGAAUACGAGAAUUCUCUUUAUAGUUGCAUUAACAGAAAUGAAAUGGGAUCAGUUUGUUGCAGUUACGCAGGACAUCACACAAACUGCCGGGAGUACUGCCAAGCAAUUUUUCGAACAGACUCCUCUCCUGGACCUUCGCAAAUAAAAGCUGUUGAAAGCUAUUGUGCUUCUGUUAGCCCACAGUUAAUUCAUUGCGUGAAUAACUACACACAGUCCUAUCCAAUGAGAAAUUCAACGGAUAGUUUAUACUGCUGCGACCGAGCAGAAGAUUAUGCCUGCCAAACUGCUUGUAAAAGGAUCCUGAUGUCAAUGAAAACAGAACUUGAAAUAGUAGAUGGACUUAUUGAAAGCUGUAAAACAAUGCCUCUGCCUCAGGACCCUCUCUGGCAGUGCUUUCUGGAGAGCUCGAGGUCCGUUCACCCCGGAGUCACGGCGCACCCACCACCUUCCACUGGCUUGGAUGGGGCUAAACUGCACUGCUGUUCCAAAGCAAAUACAUCUAGGUGUAGAGAAUUAUGCACUAAACUUUAUAGCAGCAGCUGGGGCAAUACACAGAGCUGGCAAGAAUUUGAUCGUGUUUGUGAAUACAAUUCACUUGAAGUUUCCAUGUUGACCUGUUUAGCAGAUGUACGUGAACCUUGUCAACUGGGCUGUAGAAAUCUUACUUACUGCACUAAUUUUAAUAACAGGCCAACUGAACUCUUCAGGAGCUGUAAUGCCCAGUCAGACCAAGGAGCCAUGAAUGACAUGAAACUUUGGGAGAAAGGAAGCAUUAAAAUGCCAUUUAUAAAUAUUCCUGUUCUAGAUAUUAAAAAAUGUCAACCGGAAAUGUGGAAGGCAAUUGCUUGUUCGUUGCAAAUUAAACCUUGCCAUAGUAAAUCUAGAGGAAGCAUUAUUUGCAAAUCAGAUUGUGUGGAAAUUCUCAAGAAAUGUGGAGAUUUGAGCAAUUUUCCUGAGGGACACAAGGCCGAAAGUAUUUGUGAACUUUUAUCGCCAACAGAUGACUUGGAGACUUGUAUACCCUUAGAUACCUAUCUUCGCCCAAGUACUUUAGGUAAUGUUGUGGAGGAUGUUACACACCCCUGUAACCCAAACCCUUGCGCUGCCAAUCAGCUGUGUGAAGUGAACAGAAGAGGAUGUCAGCCUGGGGAACCCUGCCUGCCUUAUUUCUGUGUGCAAGGCUGCAAGUUGGGUGAAGCUUCUGAUUUCAUUGUCCGCCAGGGCACACUCAUCCAGGUUCCAUCGUCGACAGGAGAUGUUGGUUGCUAUAAAAUUUGCACAUGUGGCCAGAGUGGACUGUUAGAAAACUGUAUGGAAAUGCAUUGUGUUGACCUCCAAAAGUCUUGCAUUGUUGGGGGGCAAAAAAAAAGUCAUGGAACAUCUUUUGACAUAGAUUGCAAUGUCUGUUCUUGUUUUGCUGGAAAUUUGAUAUGCUCCACUCGGCAGUGUCUAAAUGAACACAGCUCCGAUGAUGAGCAUCAUAUGUUUACAGGUCUGCCUUGUAACUGUGCUGAUCAGUUUGUCCCAGUGUGUGGGCAGAACGGACGCACUUACCCCAGUGCCUGCAUAGCACGUUGUGCUGGGCUUCAGGACAAUCAGUUUGAGUUCGGAUCCUGUAUUUCUAAGGAUCCCUGCAAUCCUAACCCCUGCCUCAAAAGCCAGAGAUGUAUACCAAAACCACAGGUUUGCUUAACCAGUUUUGAGAAAUUUGGAUGUAACCAGUACGAAUGCGUACCGAGACAAUUCAGUUGUGGCGAUCAAUUACGAGAACCUGUUUGUGACACAGAUAAUAUCGAAUAUAACAAUCUAUGCACUUUGCACCAAAAAGGAAAAAGUAUAUCGUACAGAGGUCCAUGUCAGUCCUUUUGCAAAUCAGUAGAACUGGUGUGUGGCCAGAAUGGUGAAAUCUACAACAGUGUCUGUGCUGCCUAUUCUGACCGUGUGGCUAUAGAUUACUAUGGCCCUUGUCAAGCCGUAGGAGCCCUUUCUCACUACAGUUCUCAAGGAGAAUGUGUGUCUGUUAAAUGUCCUCCUCUUUCAGCAACUGGUUGUAAACCAGUGAUUCCACCAGGAGCUUGCUGUCCUUUGUGUGCUGGAAUGCUGAGGGUCCUGUAUGAUAAAGAAAAGCUGGAUACGUUUGCUCGGAUUACCAACAAAAGACCAAUCACGGUGCUUGAAAUACUUCAAAAGAUCCGCCUCCAUGUGUCGGUGCCACAGUGUGACGUAUUUGGAUACCUCAGCAUAGAAUCCGAAAUCGUGAUUCUUAUCGUACCUGUGGAUCAGAACCCCAGGCCCCUUCAGAUUGAAGCUUGCAAUAAAGAAGCUGAGAAGAUACAAUCACUGAUCAACUCUGACAGCCCUGCUUUAGCAUCCCAUGUGCCACUCUCAGCACUUAGAACAGCCCAGGUGAAGGUUUCGGACAGGAAACCGUCCUCUUGUGGUCAAGUCAUGCCAACAGCACGUGUACUUUUCUGGGGCCUAAUACUCGCUUUUUUAGCCACAGCAUGUAAUACAUAAUGGAACUGAAAAGGGUCAUUGUUUGAAUGAGUUUUUAAAUGUGUUUGUUUUUGCGAAGGACAUUCAGAACCGCUGGUGUAUUAAUAAUGCAAGAUACCUUUAUGUCUGAAAAUGGACUGCAGAGCCGCUAAUGCCAGCGACAGGAAGAAUCUAGAUUGCAUUUUUGGCUAUUGUACUUUGGGCAUAAUCUAAAUUGAGGCUGGGUGUGAGGAGAGAAUCCUGUGCAGUGUACUCUGGCAACAGCUUUUUUCCAGAGAGUUGAAGACUAUGCAGUGGUCAACCUCAGGGGUUGUGCACACACCAGCUUUGGUCACAUGGGUUGUGCUGGUUUCUGUACUGCUUCAGAAACCAGCAAAACUUGCCUGGUCAAAAGGUGUGUGUCCAUAAGAGCUAACUAUGGCUUUAGCAUACAGCCUUCGCAUUUCUGAAAAAAGACUCCCAUCUCUAGGUUUAGGCUGCAGCCAGGCACAUAAUAGCCAGUGGGAUUUAAGCUGCCUAAUUAUGUACAAGACUGCAGCCCAGUGCUGUGCCUCAUUAUUCGGAAGCAGGUCCCACUGAGUUCAGCAGUGCUUUCUUCCAAGUACACACAGGCUUGCAAACGUGAUCAUUCCCCCUUAUUCUUGCAUACUUCAAAAAGUAUAUAAUUUCUAAGCCACUAGGCCCAAGUUGAUCCAAAGGUAGUCCUAGCGGUUCAUGGGGAAAAUUAUGUAUGGGGACCUCAAGCAGCGUAUGAGAUCAGGUAUUCCGACCUGUAUGUGCACCGUCAUUUGCCAUAUGCAGGAUGACUGGAAAUUGAGGUUGCUACCAUAGUGCACUCCUGCCAGCACGUGGAGCCACGCUUUCACCAUACCAAAUCUUUACUAUGCAGGCAAAGUGACAGCUGUAUCCCUGAAAGGGGAAAUCACUGUGCAAAGUGUUUCAUUAGUAGCUACUUAUUGUAUAAAACUAUUGAAAAGUAUUAUUUUUAUAUUACUUAAGAGGUAUUCAGAAUGAUACAUGUACCCUAUUUUUAAACACUAAUUUCCGAAGGAAACAAAUUGCUGCUACUUGACUAAUUUACCAAAAAAUCGAGUAACUAACUUUUAAAUGUAAAUACAUUAUAUAUUUUAUUAUGAAGAAAAUAGCCAUGGGCUAAGUUCUGCCAAGCAUGGCAUGUUGGAGUAUCAUUCCACGUGCACAGAAGGAUUUGCAGAGCAUUGCCCCCAGUUGCCAAUCAAGUGUUAAGCUAGUACGUUUCUUGCAGUGCACGGAUCAGUGAUGCAGACACAGCACAUUGCUGGCUUCUAUUUAGAAACAAAGUUAUGAAGAAUUUUAAGCUAUUUAUACAUCAUUCUAAAUAAUGCAGUAUUUGCAUAUUUCUAAAUAAAUUUAGUGUUUUAAUGUGUAAAUGUUUAUACAAAACAUCUAUUUUAAUUCUUAGGGCGCGUUCCAACAAGGGAGCCUGCUGCACACGGUCCCUGUUGAGGUGAAUGGGAGCAGCAUAUGCCCUGAGCAACUCCCGUUCACUCCAGUGAGGCUCACGCAGGCGAUGUUCCCGUCGGGUGCAGCCUGUAUACUGUUUUGUGUGCCUCUGAAUUUUAUCUAUAUGAAGUAUUUUGUAUCAGUAUUAUGAUAGCCAACUUUUGAAGUCUAUACAUAUAGUAUGUUCUUUGCCAAAUUGCUGAACUUCAAAAGGAGGCAUUGAAAAAUAAUUUUCAACGUUCUUGUUUGUCAUUGUGAUAUGUUUGUAGCAGGUGUUUUGUUCAGUUUUAUAAAAUGAAAAAAACUUUGCAAUGCAAUAUGAAAGCUUUUAUUUUAAUAAAAAGAUGUUUUUAUUUUC